AUGGCUGGGCACCCGCCGCCGGAGGGCAUCGGAGACGAUUUCUUCGAGCAGAUAUUCUCCAUGCCCUCGUCCUACGCGGGUGCCGCCGCUGGCGGCGGCGGCCAAGUGGGCUCCUCCUCCUCCGGCGGGUUGCACGGCGGAGGGUUGUUCCCGCUGGGCCUGAGCCUCGACCAGGGGAAGGGCGGCGCCGCCGGUUACGGCAACUCCGACGACGGCGGCGGCGGCGGCCAGCGCUACCGUGAAGAUCAGGCGGCGGCCAAAGCUUCCUCCUCUUCCAAGGCAGUGAGUGCGGUGGCAAGGAUUCCCCACCUUCUCUCUUCCUUCCUUCCUUCUUGUUUUUCAUCCUCCUUCUUUAUGAUAGAUGCUAUCCUCCCGCGAUCUUGGCCAGGAUAUGGAGGCGUCGCGGCUGGGGAGCCCGUUCCCAGCGUACGGGCACGCGCCGCCGCCGGCGGAUCACCUCCCCUUCAUCCGCGGCAACCCUCCUCAGCCGCCUACACAGGUCCACCCCUCCCCUCCCUCUCUUCUCUUCCUCCGCCUCUGAUGGAAGCUCUGACUUCUUAUCUCUCUCUCUUUCUCCUGUUUCUCUCUAGGUGUUUCAUGGGCAGCCGGCACCGGGAGCAGUGGCGGCGGCGCAGCACCCUCCGGCGCCACGGCCGCGAGUCCGGGCCAGGCGGGGCCAGGCGACCGAUCCGCACAGCAUUGCCGAACGGGUGAUCUUCCUGAGCACAGACUUUGCCGAACUGGUUUUCUUCCUCAAGGCCGCAUUUUCAAUGUAGCUGAUGAAAUCGAGGUCGGAGAUAAAAAUAAAUAAAUUUGUGGGUCGGUAUACUUGGAUCUAAUUCUCACCUUCCUGAGAUUGAAGGAUUCAGAUUCGAAACCUCCAAAAUGCGGCGGCCUGAUCAGCUUUAAGGGCCCGAUUGAUCAGAUUAUCGUUUUUUUUUUUCUCUUCAUGGUUUGCAUCAGAAAAUGAGCCUUCAUAAUGAGAUAUUGAAAGGAUAUUUGCAUAAAAUGGUCUUGUUGCCAUUGUCACCCAGCUGAUGAUAUUUUCAAUGGCGUUUGUGUUCUUUGGUGUAGCUGCGCAGAGAGAGAAUAGCAGAAAGGAUCAGAGCUCUACAGGAGCUGGUCCCAAACACUAACAAGGUUACUCUUCUGUGCUGAUUAUUUUUGGCCUGCUUUUUUUUUUUUACUUUUUCCAGGAAUAGCAUGCAAUUGAUUGAACAAUUUCUUUAAGUGAAUAACGCAGUAAGAUGGAGUUGUGAAACGUAAUCUUCAUGUACAAAAGCUUUCUGCGCGAUUGCUGGAAGGGAUAAAAUGGCUCUCAUGGAUUCUGUGACAAAUGAACCGUGAAUGAUAUUUGAUGAAAAUCAGUGGAUGUUCUGAGAAUAGUUCUAGCGGGGAUCAAUAAACUAACAAGCAAUAGAAACCAUUUUCAAAUCUUGAAUGAAUUGAAGAUUUAGGAAACGACUGAGUUAUCAAUCACGAUUCUGGAUAUUUUUUUUAUUUUUUUAUUUUUACCAGACAUCCAAUUUGCCAAUCGUUGAUUUGAUUCUUCUCACAAAUCUCAUCUUAAUGAUCUGUGGAGUCUUCUAGUCAUAAUCAUUUUCAUCUGUUGGCAAGAACUGCUGAUACAUAUUCAUCACUACCUGGUGUAUUGCAGAUGAAUGAGUCAUCCACAAAUCUGCCAGAAAAAUACAUCGAAUAGUCACAUCAGGCUUUGUUUUCUACUUAGGUAUUAGUACUAUGUCUUUCAACCUAUACGGUUUCCAUUUUAACCCAUCCGUAGUUGACACUCAAGGUUGCGUUAUUAACUUCUGGGCUGAGAUCAUCAACCGUGCUAAACAUUGUUUUUCCCCAGAGAAUAAUCACUUGAUCUAUAUCAAAUCAGAUUUUACCAUGUUCUGCCAUUCCAAGAAAAUAUCUGUCUUAGGCCAUUCUCUGGCAAAAUUUCCAAGUAAUUGAAACAAACUAUGAUUGAAAAAAAUAUCCAGGAUGUGACUGUAGAUAUUUAUUCAAUUAUGUUUUAGCAUAUUCACUCCCCAGAAAUAUUCUUUGUAGAGUGUUGUUGAAUUUAUGUUCUUUCCUAGCAUUAAGUGCUAGGAAUUAUGAGAAUUCGUUGGUUAGAAAAUAUCACCUCUUCAAUGCAAAUAAUUUCAACCCCUGUAUACUUUUAACUGUAGACAUGUUUUCUGUAGGAAUACUUUUCGAUAAUAUAUGCAAUUACAUGUCUCUUAUUGAAAGACGAUUUCUACUUCUCUCCUGGAGGUCGUCACUUUCCCUGAGUUACUGUUAACAUCUUUCUCCUAAAUUUUCAGACAGAUAGAGCAGCCAUGCUUGACGAAAUUAUGGACUAUGUGAAAUUCCUGAGGCUUCAAGUAAAGGUAUGAGUUGGUUCUCUAUGCUUCUUGGAGAUCUGGACAAUAAACUGAAUCAGAAAAGAAGAAACUUAGCAAUGUGUUCUUAGAUAUCCUGCACUUUCAUAAAUUAGACAUACUUCCUCCGCAGCAAGCAAACUCCGAUUUAUAUCAAACAAUUGACUUCAUCACUAAAAGAAUUUUCUUCAAGAUGGUGGGAUUUCAUCUUCAUCCCUUUUUCUUUCCUUUUUGUUUUUUGGGAGAAAAAGGGGAGGGGGGGUGGGUGCUGAGCGGUGUUCAGAAGAACUGAGGUUCUUUUUCUUCUAGAACACAUGCCUUUUAGGCAGUAGGCCUUCUUUGUCCCUCAUUGUUCAAAGUGAGACAUCAACACCCACUCAUCUGCCGACCACUUCUAAGCAACCCUGUUAUUUCAGGUUCUCAGCAUGAGCAGACUUGGGGGAGCCAGUGCCGUUGCGCAGCUGGUAGCUGACAUCCCGCUGCCGACGGUUGAGGUAAGGAAAUGGGUUUUUGGAAUGAAGGUCGAAGGGGUUGCUCAUGGAGGAAUCUUAUGGUCCUGUUCCUCUUUGGUCUACACACUCAUGGCGAUCAAGGGGGAGGCUGGCGAAGGCGGAAGUGCCCAGCAGGUCUGGGAGAAGUGGUCAAAUGAUGGAACGGAGCAGCAGGUGGCAAAGCUCAUGGAAGAAGAUGUCGGCGCAGCCAUGCAGUUCCUCCAGUCCAAGGCCCUCUGCAUCAUGCCGAUCUCUCUGGCUGCGACCAUCUACCAGACACAUCACCAGCACGAAGCCCCUGCAGCCAUCAAGCCAGAGCCCAGCGCUCCUUCAUAG